CCUAUUCUGUCUGUCGCCGGACACGGGACGUGUUAGUGACUCCCUCAGGGACCGCGGUGGAGAAUGCAAGUCCGCACAAACGGAUGCUACUGAGCCAGCCAACCGUGUAGGCCACAGCUCAGCUCCCCUCUCCAUUUUUUACAAAACCUUGCAGGUGAUGCUUUUGUGAAAAGAGGACGGGAAUACAAAACUACUUGAGUUCAAAAUGGCAGACAAGGAUAGCGUGGAGAAAUACCUGGAGAACAACCCACAGUUCGCCAAAGAAUACUUCGAUAAGAAGUUGCGCGCUGAAGCCCUCUCCGCCGCCUUUUCUGCACCUGUCGACAUCAAAGACACCGCUUCCUUCAAGGAUAUUAACUCUGUUCAAGAGGCCGCCAUCAUCUUUGAGCUGGUCCAGGAGUUGCAGAAACAGGUUGACUUUGAGAAGUCCUUUCACAAAGUGUUGCAGAGGGUUGCCCUGAUCUUACAGGCCGACAGGCUCAGUUAUUACAUAUGCCGGGCCAGAAACGGAAUACCCGAGCUGGCCUCUUGCCUCUUUGACGUGACUCCAACAUCCAAAUACGAGGCAAACCUCAUUAAUCCUCAGAGUGAAAUUGUGUUCCCUCUCGAUAUGGGUGUUGUCGGUUACACCGCACAUUGCAAAAAGCCACAAAAUGUUCCUGACGUCUCAAAGAAUAACAAGUUCUGUGACUUUGUGGACAAACAGACUGGAUACAAGACUAAAUGCUUGCUCACUUUCCCUUUGUUGGCUGACAAAGAGUGCCUUGGAGUCACCAUGGCGCUAAACAAAAUAGGAGCUGAUGCGUUUUCUGCAGAGGAUGAGGCGCUCUUCCACAAGUACAUGAACUUUGCUCAAGUCCUUGCCCUGCAGCACUACACAAGCUACAUGUUCAAUGUGGAAUCCAGAAGGAGUCAGGUGCUGCUCUGGUCUGCCAGCAAAGUGUUUGAGGAGUUGACAGACAUUGAGAGACAGUUCCACAAAGCGCUCUACACUGUAAGGACCUAUCUACUAUGCGAACGAUACUCAGUGGGUCUGUUGGACAUGACCAAAGAGAAGGAAUUCUAUGAUGAAUGGCCGGUGAAACUGGGAGAUGUGGAACCCUAUAAGGGACCAAAAACACCUGACGGCAGGGAAGUCAUCUUUUACAAGAUCAUUGACUACCUCCUGGAAGGCAAAGAAGAAAUCAAAGUCAUACCUGGUCCGCCUCCAGAUCACUGGGCUCUAGUUAGCGGACUACCAACGUAUGUUGCAGAGAAUGGCUUUAUUUGCAACAUGAUGAACGUGGCUGCAGAUGAUUACUUCACUUUCCAGAAAGAGGCUGUGGAUGAAUCAGGUUUUGUCAUCAAGAAUGUCUUGUCGCUGCCCAUUGUCAACAAGAAGGAAGAAAUUGUGGGCAUCGCCACUUUCUUCAACAGGAAAGACGGCAGGCCUUUUGAUGAACACGAUGAACAGAUCACUGAGGCCCUGACACAGUUCUUGGGUUGGUCAGUGCUGAACUGCGACACCUAUGACAGGCUGAACCGUAUGGAGUAUAGGAAAGACAUUGCCCAGGAGAUGCUCAUGUACCAGAGCAAAUGCACCAGUGAUGAGCUGCAGUCCAUUCUGAACACCAAAGAGAAGUUUGAUUCAGAGCCUGAAGACUGCGACCAGAAAGAAAUGUACAAACUAUUGAAAGCAAACUGCCCAGCAGCUGACAAUGUCGAUGGAGAGAGUCUGUACCUGUUCUCCUUCAGUGACUUCCCCGUCUCAGAGCACGGCCUCAUCAAAGCCGGCAUUCGCAUGUUCUUUGAGCUCGGAGUUGUUGAAAAGUUUAAAGUUCCCGCAGAGACGCUGACCAGAUGGAUGUACACCGUGAGGAAGGGUUACCGUGCCAUCACCUACCACAACUGGAGGCAUGGCUUCAACGUAGGCCACACCAUGUUCUGUCUGCUGCAGACAGGGAGGCUGAGGAAGUACUACUCUGAUCUAGAUGCCUUUGCCAUGGUGGCUGCUGCUUUCUGCCACGAUAUUGACCACAGAGGGACCAACAACCUCUACCAGACAAAGAGCGCGUCUCCUCUGGCUAAACUUCAUGGCUCCUCCAUCAUGGAGAGGCACCAUUUGGAGUACAGCAAGACGCUCAUGGCUGAAGAGAGCCUGAACAUCUUCUGCAACCUCCAGAAGCGUCAGUUUGAGAAUGUGCAGCACUUGUUUGACGUCUGCAUCAUCGCCACUGAUCUGGCCCUUUACUUCAAAAAGAGAACCAUGUUCCAAAACAUUGUGAACGCCACAGAGCCGAUGACAGAUGAAAAGGAGGCCAUUGCCUAUGUUUCCAACAACUCCACCAGGAAGGAAAUCGUCAUGGCCAUGAUGAUGACCGGUUGUGACUUGUCAGCUAUCACCAAGCCCUGGGAGGUUCAGAGCAAGGUGGCUCUGAUGGUCGCUGCUGAAUUCUGGGAACAGGGAGAUUUGGAGAGAUCUGUUUUGGACCAACAACCAAUUCCCAUGAUGGACAGAAACUGUGCUGAACAGCUACCCAAGAUGCAGUGCGGUUUCAUCGACUUUGUGUGCUCAUUCGUAUACAAGGAGUUUUCCAGAUUCCACAAGGAGAUCCAGCCCAUGUUUGAUGGGCUAAACAACAACAGGGCACACUGGAGUGAGCUGGCUGAGGUAUACAACGCAAAGAUGAAGGCCAUUGAGGAUCAGAAGAAGAAAGUGGAAGAUGAGGAAGCCAAAAAACCAGGUGGCGACGGAGCGAAGUCAAAGACCUGCACCAUCUGCUAAGUUCCUCCAAUGCUUGGAUCUGGACUGAUGCGAUCUGGUUAGGACUAAUCAAGGCUACGUUAGCCUUUUCUGGUCUGACAUCUAGUCUAGUUGGGGUUUGACUAGGCUAGCUUGGUCUGGUCGGAUCUACACCAGCGUAGUUCUCUCUGGUUAGGUGCAGUCCAGUCCAGCCCUGUUUGAUCUGGUCUGCUUCAGUCUAGCCUACUUUUAGUCUAGUCUAAUCAGGUCUGGUUUGUUGUCCAGCCUAACUAUUCUCCAAGGAGGAAAGAGUCAGAAACACCACCAAGAAGUAAUGACUGGAAGAGAAGCCGUUUGACUCUGAAGAUGUGUUGCGUUUGAAACUUCCUCUGUUUCGUACGACACACAGCCAUAAACAUUUUAAAACCCAACAUAUACAUAACUUAGCAAUUAUCUAAACAUUGAUGGUUAGAUACACUCAUAUGCUGAUACCACAUAUUUCACGUCAAACUAAAGUACAGAUACAAACUCUUUAGUAUAAAUAGCUUAAACAGGGUACUGCAUGUGCUGCAUAUGCAUGCCAAAGCAACAGUUUUCACAGUGUUCCUAUUCGACGUCAGUUACACACAGUAUAGUAGUACUGUAGGUUGCACAGUGGACUUGCACACAAUGCUGCUGCUGUUUUGGCAGGCCAUGAAUGGAUAGCGGGAGGGCAGGCAGAGACAAUAACCGCAUAACUUUAUACUUGCUGGAUUCAGCGGAAUGGGGUUAGAAUUAUGUUUUUGGUUAAUGGUUUGAGCAGCACAAGUUGUGGAAUUCAUUCCUUGAGCACACGAGCAGAAGACAAUCUGGAUCCGGUUAAUGCUCAAUCAACAACGGCUGAUGUUAUCUUACCUCAGAAGGCGCCGACAUGUUGUGUAAGAGUGUAUGUAUUUUAAUAUGCAAUCCAUCUAUAUAUGUUGUUUUUUUUCUGAUUCUUUGUCUGACAAUUUUGUACUUGAACUGUCUUCACGGAUGGAGAGUUUGAGACGAGCUUUGAGAGAGGGCGUGAAUCUGUGAAACAAAUUCACUCUAAAAAAAAUCAAAUUCAGGCAUCAAAGAAAUGUUUUGAAUUUGUGCAACUUUAUUGUCAGCUUUGAAAAACACCUGUAAGCUGGUGUCUUAAAGUCCAACAACCUGAAAAAAUAAUAAUAAAAAAAGAGAAAAUAUAUAUAUAUAUAUAUAUAUAUAUAUAUAUAAUAUUUAUUUAGCAAAAUUACAAUUCCAUUAUGAUUUUUAAAAAACGUGACUGAUUUCACAUGUAUAUAGUUGAUUAUAUAGAAACUGUAAAAUCUAAAUUGUGUAUACUUAAGAAUAUCUGAAGCAUAGAACUGAUUUGAAGAAUGUACAAGCAAAAGCAACCUUUGGUUCUUCUAAGGAAGCAAGAGUCACAGUCAGUCCAAGAGGCAGUAGAUCUACCUCUCCUUAAGAAGAUUUGAUAGGAUUUGAUUGCCAGCCAGAGCUGGAGAUCCACACAGCUUUAGGCUUUAAAUACCCUUCUUACAGAGGAGGUAAAGCAGGCUACCAGAGCCUUACAUGUAUAUGUGCAGACGACUUGUGUUUAUGUGGCAGAUGCAGCUAUAGCAUCAUCGAUUGUGUGACAGGCCAAAGUCCUCUGCUUCUUUCUUCACUGAUGCAACUGUGUGAUGAAUCAUUGCAAUAACUGCUGUUUGAUGUCAACUCAGUGUGAAUCUCCUCCGCAACACCUCUUCAUGUAAACCUGAAUUCACUUGAUCUGAUCAGGCAUCUGAGUUGACAGCGCACCCCCCACCCCGUAAAACACUUUUAACAAUGCUCCUCCCCAGUGCAAAGGCAAACUGCGGCUCUCAAAUUCCUGUUAUACAAUGUGAUCUCCUCUGGUCAACCGGGCAUCAAUCAAAGGCUCUUAAUCUUAUCGGAAUGGCUUUGGGAAUACCUAGAAACUCUUUUUCUGCUGCUUGAGGUGAUGUGAGGAGCUGUUGCGAUUACUGGAGUCAAAACUGAGAAAAAAAAAACAUUUAAUGGAUCAACCCAAGUCAUAUGUUUUAAUGAUUUAACCACGAAUUUACCUCAUUGUUCCUGUAGCACACAUUUUAUAUGGAUGGUUACACCACCAGUUCUGUCUCCAGUGAUUCAAAAAAUGGCCCCUUUCCCUUCAAAGAUCCUUUGUGAGAAACCAAAUAAUGUGCUUUCUACUUACCCCAUCUGCUGUCAUUCAGACAUUAGAAAUCUAUCAUUUUGACGUAUGAAAUGACCUCUACUGUAUGUAUGUAUGUAUGAGAUGUAAUAUUCGUAAGCAAAUAAAGGAACUUAUGGAGGUGUGA